CUCUGUGCAGCUUUGUCUCUGAGUUAAGCAAUCCGCCAGCGCUCCUCUUGGGAAAGAUAAGCUUCUUCAGUACACCCUGCGACGAACAAGCUAUGGAGGAUAGAAUUAGCGAUUCUGCUGCUGAAAAUUCUUUGCAACCGCCACCGGCGGCAAAACCAUACCUGUCUUUCUCGAUAGAGAACAUAUUAAGUGAGGGAAGAUUUGGACCGAGAGCCAAGCGAAGCAAUGAGCACGCCCCGAAGUGUGCAGAUGGCUCAAGGAAACCGUCUAUGUCGACCUUGCUUUCACGCCUACCUUGGCUUGCCUACACAAGGUACUGUCCUCCGAAAAUUCCAAGAUCGAAAACUCGGAAAGGCUCUCGCCGACACAAACUGGACAGGAAUCCCAGGAUUCCCUUCUCUUCAUCCCAGCUGGCGGCACUGGAGGCCAAAUUCCUUCAGACCCAGUACCUUUCAGGGUCCGAAGUGAGGGAUUUAUCGUCCUCUUUGAGAGUCACGGAGCACAGAGUCAAGAUUUGGUUUCAGAAUCGAAGAGCUCGCGAAAAAAAGACACAAGCGGAGGGUUCAGUAAACUCCGAUUCACCUCACAUACAAAACGCAUAAUAUUUUAGACUUCUAAGCUAUUGUGCACAAAUGAGAGGAAGUUUUUAUUUCUAUCAAGAAAAACUUAUAAAAUGGCACCAACUUUUAGUGGUGUUGAUUCUCCUUCGAUUCUGUAAACAAGAACAAUAUUCAAUUGAAUGUCAAAAGCAAUCUUGGAUUGCUUUGGUUUCACUUGACUUUGUUCUGUGAUUGGUCCAGAAAACUUGUACCAUCCGGCUCUCAACCAAUUAGAUGCAAAACUAAAACCACUUUAAGUUUCAUUGGCUAAUAAUUAUGUUAACCUUUGUUCUGAAUGGUCGCUGUGAUUACUUGAAAAGUUCUCAAUUAUGUAAUGGGAACAUUGUUGUUAUUGAUUUUGUUGGUCACAGAUAGUGAAUAAAGAAAAUGAAUCAUCA